AUGAGUUUCUCUGACCACAUUCCAUCCUUUAUGAUGUCACCGCCGUCAUUUUCUACAGACACAGAUGCCAUUGAAGUGAGGCUUCAAUUCCCAAUGAACAACGAAUCAUUGGAGCCACAUUCUACACAGGAUCAAACCCCUGUGUUCAAGAGGGCAAGAAUUGGUGAUAACAACCACUCCUAUGCAAUUGCAUGUCCUCCAAGGAUGAUUCAGAACCCCACUGUUAACAAGGGAACCAGCCACAUUUUCUUCAAGACUCGCAUGUGUGCAAAGUUCAGAAUUGGGGCGUGUAGGAAUGGUGAGAAUUGCAAUUUUGCGCAUGGUGUUGAGGACAUGAGGCAGCCGCCCCCAAACUGGCAAGAGCUCGUUGGAAUGCGCAACGAAGAGCGACAGCCAUCAGGGAAUUGGGAUGAUGACCUGAAAAUUAUACAGAAGAUGAAGCUGUGCAAGAAGUAUUACAAUGGAGAGGAAUGUCCCUAUGGUGAUAAGUGUAGUUUUCUUCAUGAAGAUCCUGCCAAGUUCAGGGAUGAUUCCGGGAGAUACAGAGAGAGCACAGCUAUAAGUAUUGGAAGUAAUGGAUCCCCCAAGGCAUAUGCUGAUGCUUCUAAUCAUUUAGAGAGUAAUAGGGUUGUGAAUGGUGGCUUAAAUGUUUCCCGGGGGAAUGUUAAGUCCACUUAUUGGAAGACUAAACUGUGCAUCAAAUUUGAGACAACAGGCCACUGCCCAUUUGGGGAUGAUUGUCACUUUGCACAUGGACAAGCAGAGCUACAAUUUCCUGGUGGACGCACUGAGGCAGAAACUGCAUGUGGCAUUCCAAUUUCAACUAAAGCUACCAUUCCAACCAUGCCAAGAGCUACAUCAGUUUCUUCUAAUGAUGCACCUCCAAGCCACAGAGCAAGUGUACCUCCUGCAAAUGAAGAGGAGCUGGGCAAGAAGAACUUACUGAAGUGGAAGGGACCCAAGAAGAUCAACCGAAUUUAUGGUGAUUGGCUUGACGAUUUACCACUUGCUCAAAACUUGCCAGGUAGAGUGGGGAUCUGA